AUGGGAGAGCUUGCCAUCCUCUACAACUGCACCAGGACAGCGUCUAUACAAGCGCUCACCGACGUGCAACUAUGGGUACUGGACCGCAGUGUAUUCCAAACAAUAACGCAAAGGCUUGGAAUGGAAAGGCAUACACAGCUGAUGAACUUCUUGAGCAAGGUGUCGAUUUUCGAGAAUUUAUCCGAGGAUCGCAUCUCAAAAAUGGCCGACGUAAUGGAUCAGGACUACUAUGCAGCUGGGCACUAUAUUAUCCGCCAAGGAGAAAAGGGUGAUGCUUUCUUCGUCAUCAACAGCGGUACUGUAAAAGUGACACAGUUAAUAGAAGGCGAAACAGAACCACGUGAAAUUCGAAUAUUGAACCAGGGAGAUUUCUUCGGUGAAAGGGCCCUCCUUGGAGAUGAAGUUCGUACGGCGAAUAUCAUUGCCCAAGCACCUGGUGUUGAAGUGCUAACGUUAGACAGGCAA